AUGAAGCCGGCGGGGGAGAGCGGAAGUGCUAGGCAGCCCCGCCCCCUAUGGCCCCGCCUUCGCCGCGGGCCCGCGGGCCCGCGGUCGGAGGGGCGUGGCGUUGGCGCAGACGCCCCGCCCUCCCUCCCCGCGCGCGGGGCCUCCUUCCGCCGGCGCGCCCCGGACGUGACCUCGCGCGGGCGCGCGCCGGAGCCGCCCUGGGGGAGGUACCCGCGCCCCUCGCGCAGGUACGGCCACCCUUUGUCUCCGGCGCCGGCCCCCGGAGCCCGGGUUUCCGCCACCCGCCCGGCCCGAGGCCCCAGUGCUCGCUGCUCCUCUAGCUCCGACCCGGCCUGGGGGCCCCCAGGGCGCAAUCUGACCCCUGAGUCAGGCUCGCAGGGGCGCCCGCAACCUGGGAGGCGCGACAGGAACCCAUUCACUCCAGCCAGCGCGGGCUCCCUGGGUGCAGAAGGCUGCAAAAGCCCUGCACCUCACGGGGCUUGUGCUCCAGAGCGAGAGAGGCCGGCGGGUGCAUCAGUAGAACGUCCAGUGUGUCGGAUGAGUGUCAGGGUGAGAACAAAAGCACGGAACGGCCACCACCCAGGCCGCUGGGGGGCCCUGGAGAAGAGCUUUGCCCACUGUUACUGCAUGGUAGAUGUUGCUGACUCUUCAAACAAGGGCCAGGCACACCUGAAGUCCCAGAAGUCCUCUGUGAUCUGUCGAGGUUCCGGAGCCCAGGCCGAGUGGCCAGCGGCGGGCAGCUGGGCAGGGAGGGAGGGAGGGGGCCGCUCGGUCUCUGAAGUCGGCCCCAAGUUACAUGUGGGAAGCGGUGGCUGUGACGCAAGUUUCCAGGGGGCCCUGGGCUUGGAGGGAGCGCGCCAGAGCGGCUCCUCUCGGAGCAGUUGCAACCGUAAAGAAGAAGAAGAAAAAAAAAAAAAAAAGCCCCGAGCAGCGCCCCAGGCCGCCUUCGCCUUCACCGGGCUCAGCAGCGCGCUCCCGCCCCCUGAGGGCCUUCGAGGGCGCAGACCCUGUACCGGGCAGUCCCUGUCGGACCCCGGGUGCACACGCUGGGCUCCCUCGCUGUGGCUGGCCGUUUCUUUCUUUCUUUUUUUUUUUUUGCUACGCUUGCCAACCUGUCAGCUGAUGGACCUCAUCACCCAUAGUGGCGCAUGUAGCUCGGCCGCAGCUCGCUCCAUUCACGCCGCGCCCCCAAGGCCGCCCGCGGCCCCUGCACCCGGAGCUGAAGGGGGUGGCCCGCAGACCGGGGCCACCACCCGCCCCCGGGGGCCCGCGCCCAUCUCGCCCCGGCCUUGCGCCGCCCGGGGGGCGCUGCAAAUAGUCCUUUGUUUACAUGCAAUUCCUUACUCCGCGGAAGGAGGCCGGGGGAGUGCUGAGUUUUCACCAGCUGUUUCCCGCCUUGAAACAGACAUCUGA